UGUCAUGGGCAUCUGGUUCCUUAGGCUCAUCACCAUCCAUAGAGCCUGCCGGCCGGCGACGAGCUCGCCGGCGUGGCGUCACCGGCCUCACGGUCACCUCCUUCCACUCACGGCGGAGCGCCAGAACCACCGGCUGGGCAGCCGGAGAUGGCAUAUGGGGCACUCUCAUGGAUCUCACUCUUGGGAAGAGGGCAUUGAGCCUGAUCGUGUCUUCCGGCUUGGUCUGGCCGCUGACGUGGCCCUCACCGCCGGGAAGACCUUCGCUGGGUACGUCACUGGUAGUACGGCCAUCAUUGCCGACGCUGCUCAUUCCCUUUCCGACGUUGUUCUUAGUGGUGUUGCCCUGUGGUCAUUUAGAGCUGCUAAAGCUCCUAAAGACAAAGAACACCCAUAUGGGCACGGUAAGUUUGAGACACUAGGGACUCUAGGAAUUUCCUCUAUGCUUUUGGUGACUGCUGGUGGUAUUGCCUGGCAUGCUGUUGAUAUUCUGCAGAGCCUUUUGAUGUCAGCUCCAGAUGUAGUUCAUCAUGCUAAUCUUGAUCACAUCCGUAGCCAUCCUGGUCAUCAUCAUGAAGUUGACUUGGAUCAUCCUGCACUGGCAUUGGGCAUGAUGAUCAUAUCAAUUUCUGUUAAAGAAGGGCUUUAUUGGAUCACGAAAAAAACUGGGGAGAAGGAAGGAAGUGGACUGAUGCAAGCAAAUGCAUGGCAUCAUCGGGCUGAUGCUGUGUCAUCUGUGGUUGCUCUUAUUGGGGUUGGAGGGGCGAUUCUUGGUGUACCAUUUUUGGAUCCGCUUGCUGGCCUUGUUGUCUCAGGCAUGAUUCUGAAAGCUGGAAUUGAGACAGGAUGGGAGAGUGUCAAAGAACUUGUUGAUGCUGGUGUUCCACAGCAUGUUUUGGCUCCAAUAAGGCAAACCAUCACUGAAGUUGAUGGUGUGAAGGGAUGCCAUCGAUUAAGAGGAAGGAAAGCUGGGUCAGCAUUAUAUCUUGAUGUGCACAUUGAGGUAGAUCCUUUUCUGAGCAUCAGUGCUGCGCAUGACAUUGGAGAGAAUGUUCGUCAUCAUAUCCAAAAAAAUUACAAUCAAGUAGCAGAAGUGUUCAUACACAUAGAUCCUUCGUAUUCAUGCUGUCCUUUGGUGGAUGAAAGCAAGGAUAAGAAGGCCAAGGAGGAUCUAAGAAGCAUGGUUUCUGUAAAGCAAGAUGCUGAUGCUGUUAUCUGUAAUGUCAUUUCAAAGCUAUAUGCAGAGAAAAUGUCCAUUGAGCACAUGACCAGGCAUUCCUUAAAAGGGAAGACACUACUCAUGGUCCAGGUCUCCAUGCCUCCAGAUAUGACUAUCAGGUGUUCUAUCUCACCUCAUGUUGAUUCCAUUAACUUAUAA